AUGGAAAUCCUCCCAGAUGCACUUUUAGGUGAAAUUAUGCAGUAUCUUUCUAUCCCUGAAGUUUUUCUCAGCUUUAGCUUGUUGAAUCGAGACUUUCUUUCAAUUUCCCGACACCCCUACAAUCUUUCUCGAUAUCUAUCCAAUGUUUUCCAUCUAUCAAAAUCUCUCUGUCUAUCAAAAGUAAAAACAGAAGAUCUUUUGAGCAAAGCGCUUCAUAGAUCAAGUAUAGAAAAAUUGAAAUUUACAGGCUUUGCCACAACUGGCGGUGUUGACGAAGACGAAGUGAUUUGGUGGGUUGACUCAUUGUUCCAUGAGAAUGGUCCUGGCUAUUGUACGAGAGAUAAUAAACUCAAUCUGAAUAUAGCUGGCGUACUUUCUUCUACAUUGGAUUUUCAAGAUUAUGAAAGAAUUCGUCAUGAAGCUGUAUCACUGGUAAGGAAAAAUAGGAUCUUGAAAGAAAUUUAUCCAUAAAUAAAAUGGCAUUCGGUUCGAGAGAAAUUAGCUCUGCUAAUUUUCUCUCCCUCAUGGAAUUUUAUUUAUGAGGUUUGAGUUUUCUCUCGAGAACUUCAGCGAAGCAAUAGCUGUUUAACUUUGGGGAUAACCAAAGAAACAGCUCCUCAGUGCAUUCAAGAGGCUCAGAGUUUUACCUCUCAGCACAUCCCCACGGGAGGAUGACCUUUAGGUGGAACACGCGCAGGAGCUGAGUCAAGGCAAGGCAUCGGCAACGCGCCGCCGGGUGAGAUGUGCAGCGACUGAGGCGAAGCGUCGAUAGAAGGCUUGGCCGGUGGGCUGACCAUCGCGAUUCCAAGAUGGCUCGAGACGUCACUAGUUUAGCUAUAGCCCUAUUUAUUAGGGUGCAGCAUUAGACACCUUAAAUACCAAUACUAAGUUAAGUUAAGAAAGAAAUUUAUCCACAUCAUGUUUUAGAUGAAGGGGAUGAGCCUAGCUAUUAUGAGGAACAAAUCUAUAAGCAGGCUUGGAGGGAAGCUGGACGCAUUUUUACUGAUAAUAUUAGAAGCACAAAAGCUAAGCGCGAUGCAAUGAAAGAAUAUGAAAGAAUUUACAAAGUCUUAGUGAAGCAUGAGCCUAAAAUUGAGAAGUACAGGAGAAAUGAAAAAGACCCUUACGUCUUAAUCCAGCCUAUAGACUACACAGCUGUAGAAAACAGCAGCAUUGUAGCUUCAAUAAGGGCUCUCGAAUUCAGCCGUGAAGGGAAUUUCACAUGUCCAGUGGAAACUUUUAUGGCUUUCAUAAGUGAUAGUAGCAUUGAUAUAGAAAGUGAAGAGUUAAAGGCUUAUGACAAUUUAUUUACUGUAGACGAUAUACAAAAUUUGCAAGAAAAUGAUAUAAAAAUCCCGAAGCAGUAUUCUUUUAUUGAAGAAAAAGAAGAAGGAUAUCAGUGCAUGAUAUUCAAUUGGACCCAAAAUGCAUUGAAACCAAUGAUUUGGGGAAAAUUCACAAAGAGGAGCUGCAAUAAAAUCCGGAUAAGCUUGAUAGAAAUUUUCUCAGGCAAAUUUGUGUAUGUGAAGCUAAUUAACCCAGAAUCACGAAUGACAGAAAUGAAUGAUAACCAUCAGUACCCUAAUAUCGAUGCAGGAUAUGUAUUAUUUUUUGGGCAUCAGAUAGAUUAUAGAAAUAAUUAA